GCGCUGGGGGAAGCGAGCUGUCUCUUCACCACUCCGCUUCGGAGGCCCAAAUGGCGAAGGCCGCGACUCCUCUCGCGGCGAGAGCGAGCGCGCUUUCUCGCUCUUCCAAUCCCGUCCCCGCGCACCCCCCGCCGUCCUUCCACAUACUGCCCCUUGCCUUGCCGACGCCUCCCCUUCUCCAUCUCCCCUUACACCCAUCAGUCGUUAGAUAUAGAUGCAAAUCAAGGUUGAAACCAAAAAAUUAUGGUAUCAGAGCUCAAGCAUCCAGUGUUGGGGCUGGGAACUAUGGAGGAGAGAGAGAAGAAAACAGCCACAGCAAUCUCAUGGAUGGUUCUACCAGUGAGAAUUCAUCUAAAUACCAAAAGUCUCUUUCUGGAGUCAAUUACCAGCUGUCUAUUGCUGGUGUCCUAUUUGUUUCUGCAAUAGCAUUUGCACUUAUUGUUUCCUUGAAGGGUGGUCCUUCUGCUCUCAUAGCAACGCUUGCAAAAUCAGGAUUUACAGCUGCAUUCACACUCAUAUUUGUUUCAGAGAUCGGAGACAAGACAUUUUUUAUUGCUGCAUUAUUGGCGAUGCAAUAUGACAAAGCAAUGGUUUUAUUUGGUUCGAUGGCUGCUCUUUCUCUUAUGACAGUCUUAUCUGUGGUAAUAGGACGGCUAUUCAAUUCUGUACCAGCCCAGUUCCAGACAACACUACCCCUUGGAGAGUAUGCAGCAGUGGCUCUUCUAACAUUCUUUGGUUUGAAGUCAAUAAAAAAUGCAUGGGAAAUUCCAUCAGAUGCUGAUACAAAUAGCAAAGAGAAAUCUGAACUUGGAGAACUUGUUGAAGCUGAGGAGCUUGUGAAGGAAAAGGUAGCAAAAAAGCUUACAAAUCCUUUUGAAGUCCUAUGGAAGUCUUUCAGCCUUGUGUUCUUUGCGGAAUGGGGUGACCGCUCAAUGCUGGCAACAAUUGCUCUUGGGGCUGCACAGUCUCCUUGGGGGGUAGCUGGUGGAGCUAUUGCCGGACACCUAGUUGCCACAUCUAUUGCAAUCGUAGGUGGAAGUUUUCUUGCCAACUACAUUUCCGAGAAACUGGUUGGUUAUUUAGGUGGUGUCUUAUUUCUAAUUUUUGCUGUGGCUACACUUCUUGGAGUUUUCUAAUAGCUGGAAAGACAUGACAUUUUAUUCUAAAUCCAUUGAAGAAACAUUCUGUGUUCCAACGAUACAACACAGGAAUAAGGGGAUUGUAAGGUGAGGUAUAUGUUCUUCCCCAUGAGUUUAAUUGUUUGGUUUCAUGGUCAGGUUAUUCGUUCUUGUGAGUUUAAGACGUUGGUUUCACCUGAAGAAACACACUGUGAGGUAGCCUGUAGAGUAAUACGAUAUGUUACACCAAUUUUACCUUCAAAUAUGGCCUGAGACACUGAGCUUAAGCAUUGUGUUGAAACAAAUGGAACUGUGAGCAGAGCUUGGCGGUCCUUUCUUUUUUUAAUUUUGAUCUACUGAGAUGUUCAUGUGAAAUGUAUGGAUUUAGUCUAAUAAGAGAAGAUACGUUCACUUUCUAGCA